UGCCAUCCCUACGUCUAAUAUUGAAAAUACCCCGCGAGUAUAACUCUCAUCUUCGCAGUGUUUCGAAACCCAAAAAGUCAAUUAAGGGUAAGCGCCCUCCUUCAAUCAAUCGCUUAUACUCAAAAUAUAUUAUAUGAAAUUCGGUGACAAAUCUCGGAAAGGAAAGUGAAGGUGGUAAUUGAGAAUAUGGUUCAGGCAGGAUAACAAUACUUAGGAUUUAGGGUUUAGGGUAGUUGGUGUUUCACGAUUUGCGGCGGGAAUCUCUAGGACUUAUCCGUAUAAAGGGAGAAUGGCCCUGGCACAGUCAGGGUGGAAAUUAUCAUAUUCAAAUUCAUGGGUUAGAGUAGUUGGAGUUUCAAGAAGAAGCAGUGGCGCAGCUGCUAAGCCUGCUAUAUUUCAAGCAUCAUGUCCACCUCCGUCUCCAGCCAUAGCUGUGAAAAUAAGAAGAAAAUGCUUAAGCAACUGGAGGUGGACGCAACAGCCACCACAAUUACUGGAAGACAAGAAAAGCGACGCCUCCUUCUUCAUACGGUGCUCUAAGUACGGAAGCAGCAUUGGUGCCGCAAGUAAUACGAAUAGCGGAAAGGGAUAUCUGGCAUCUACGGACCAAGAGCUGAUGAGUCAGUGCCAAAUGGACACUUUCAAGGCGUCGGGCCCAGGGGGUCAGCACCGUAACAAGCGAGAGUCUGCCGUACGCCUCAAGCACCUCCCCACCGGUCUUGCUGCGCAGGCUGUCGAGGACCGAUCCCAACACAUGAAUCGUGCCUCAGCCUUGGCUCGUCUUCGCGCUCUUAUAGCUCUAAAAGUCAGGAACACUGUGGAUCUUGAUGCUUAUUCCCCUCCUCAAGAGCUUCUUCAAAUUCUUCCCCAAAAGUCUACCAUUAGAGGAUCAGAUUGUGGUCCCCAAAUUGGACCCAAUAAUCCUAAGUUCAUUUUGGGAAUGCAAGCUCUGUUGGAUCUCAUUUUUGCAGUUGAGGGUUCUGUCUCAGAGGCAGCCAAGUUUCUUGGGUUAAGCACAGGUGCCCUGUCACGGUUAAUACUCUCAAAUGAUUCUCUCCGACUGGCAGUCAAUGAACUAAGGUUUUCUAAGGGUAUGAAGCCUCUCAAGUAGAAUUUAUCAGCUGGAAGUUUUUCUCCUAUUGCAGGGCUCAUUUCCCCCAAUGAAAUAAAAGAUGAAAAGGUUGAUUCCAAGGCGGCUGAUCUAAUGCUGAAGCGACUAUUGCUGGAGAUGCAAUGGGUGCCUUGAUUCCUAGGCGUCUGUUUGUUUUUUAGUUGAAAUUAUUAAAAUCACACAUGGACAAGUUUACCCUUUAAUUUAACAGAAAGUUUGUUGGAGUUAAUGAAAAUAAUGCAAGAGACUAUUUGAGGAUGACAAAUACUAUUAUUGGAAUUUGGGGAUAAAAAAUAAAAUGAGGGAAAAUUCAGAGAUCA